UUAGUAGAAGGUGCAAUUUAUGAAAUAUCUGGGAAAGCUAAUCUAAUUGAAUUUUCAAAAGCUAAUGAAACAAAAAUAAUCCUUGUCUCAGCAAAGAGAACAAAAAUUUCAAUUCAAAAUUUACACAUAAGUGCAUUAGACAUCUAUCUGACUGGUAUGAUGUCAAAAAUCAAAAAAACAAAUGAAAUUUGCUAUAUUGAAAUAAAAGUCAAGGAGUGGGUAAAAGGUGUAGAAGAUAAGGAAUACCAAAUAAAUUGUAGAUUCUUAAAUAUUGAUCAAAGGUUGUGUUACCAACAAAAAACGCCUGUAAAACCAACAACACAAUUAUCAACAACCUAUAACUGGGAUGAUUCAGAAGAAA